GUUCGAUUUGGCGCACAAUGAAAGGACUGCUGGCGCUCGGACUGGUCGUGCUCGUCGUCGCCGUCGGACUGCAGGCACUGGUUCAACAGCCAUCGCUGGGGCAACAAGCGACGAACGCGCUCCUGUCGCUCAAAGCACCCCCGCCAGAGCUGCACGCGCCGGGCUGGGCGCUCAAGAUUGGCGAGAUUGCCCUCGGGCUGAUGGACUGGCUCACCGUGGCUGCGAAACCAGCACCGCUGCGUGCGUUCGAGGCCAUGUUUGGCUUUGGGCUCACCCAGGCGCUGGCUGCCAUGGCGCGGCUCGAGGUGUUUGACGGACUCGCGGAGGCAGGCGCGAACGGCGCGACCUGUGGCGAGCUUAUUGGCUGGCUGCGCAACCGCAAGCCGAGCCAGAUCCGACGUCAGCCAGUCAAUGCGCAGCUCUUGUGCAGACUGCUCGACUUUGCGGCGGCCAACCAGUUCAUGAACAAGGACCAAGCGACGGGCAAAUUCUACCUGAACGACUUUUCAGUCUUGUUCACUCAGAACGACGAUAAUGUCGGGUCGUUGGUGCCAAUGCUCCUGUACCAUGCAGACGAGGUCAACUAUGGCUGGACACGCCUCUCCGAAGGCAUGCGUCAGGUGUACCCGGCGUUUGAGCUUGCCAACGGCGAGAAUCUCGAGAACUAUUACAACAUGAACCCCGAAAAGCGCGGCAACUUCGACCUCGCCCAGCGUAGCAUUUCGGCCGACUUUGCGCCAAAGAUGCUGGCCAAGUAUGGCGAUGAAUUCAAGCAAUUCGCUCAAGUGCACGGCCGUUCGGUGCACAUUUGCGAUAUUGGUGGUGGUAUUGGCUCGGUAGCAGAGGGGCUUUUGCGCGAAUUCCCCGACGCCACUGCAACCGUCAUUGAUUUGGCUCACAAGGAGACCCAGGCCAACAACUAUAUCGAGCAAGUUCAAUUAAAAGACCGUAUUCGCUUCGUGGCGGGCGACUUUUCCAAGCCUCUUUCGGUGGAGUGUGACUACUACCUUCUCAACCACAUCAUCCAUGACUGGAACGAUACGAUGGCAGUGAACAUUCUGUCGCAUGUCCGCACAAGCAUGCCGUCGCACGCCAAGAUUCUCUUGGUCGAGCCAGUGCUGGAAACACGCAACGCAUACUUUGAGCGCCUCAAGCGCUUCGUCGACAUGCAGCUGCUCGUUGUCUUUCAACGUGGCAAGGCUCGUUCCACCCGAGAAUUCACCUCCUUGCUCUCAAGUUCCAAUUUGGAACUCAGUCGCCACGUUCCCCUUUGCGGCCUGUUUGAUAUUGUCGAGGCCGUUCCUGUGGACGCAACUUCCAAAGUCAUAACUCCUGAGACGGCCGCCCCUGUCGUUGAGACUCCUGCAGCUUCAACUUCCUCCAAGCCAAGGAAACAAAAGCAACGAGAACAAAAACAACAGCAGGAAGCUGAAGCAGCGGAGACGCACAAAGCGACCCCUGCUGUUGCUGCAGAAGAGGCGGCUUCGUCCGAGACUCCUGCGCCCGCAUCACCUUAGAGAAUUGCGCAACAGUUGCAAGACGAAGGAUUUAUUUGGUUGGGCGUAACUGAGCAACUGAGCAACUGAGCCUUGCAAGUUCCCUUUUUUUUUUCGUUUUCGACAACAACUCUUGUUGCAAUCCACGAUUAAACUCGACCGUUCAACAAUUUACUCAGUCC